UUGAGAGAUCGCCAGCACUAGAGACACGCGAGGAGAGCUGAGAGAGUGAUUGAGAACCAUAAUUCCCAAACAUACGUAAACUUGUCGCGAGAUUCGAACAGGAACGCUAGUGUGGGUAAGAUGAACUUUAAGCUCUUCAAAUUGUGUGGAAAGCCGUUCUGUGAUUCGAGACUUGACCAAAAUGGCGGCCCAUCCCAAACAGGUGUACACACAUCAAAGUGAAGUUGUCUCCUCCUCCCAGUAACUUCGAAGCCAUCCUGCUGCGGCCGACCUUCGGGUGCCAUGGCUCAUCUUCUGGAAUUCGAGACAGCGCUGAAAGAAGUGGUGAACGCAAAACGACUUUCAGCCUCAAAGAUGAACAAUUUGACGGAGAUCGCUCUCAAGUCUAUGGCGGACGACACUCAGCUCGUCUCUAUCCUUUUUCGCACACACAAGUCGUUGCAAUCUGCUGCCAAGAUAUCGAGUCUCUACGUCUUUGACGCCCUGGCUCGAGCUGCACGUACUCAAGUUUCCAAGCAUGGACUUACUGGCGACAUCAACACCCAUCCUGGUAACUGCGCUACCUUCCUACUGAAGCUGGAAGGCAUUCUUGACGGCUUGUUCCAAAACAUGGCUUCCGUCCCACUACCAGAGGCAAAGGAAAAGUCGAAAAAAGUUCUCGAUAUAUGGGUGAAAGGGAGCACGUUCCCUGCCUCCGUUCUAGCUCGGCUCAAAGAAGUGGUGAGCAACGAACCAGGAAAAGAUAACGGAGUAAAAGUGCCGACCGAUCCGCGUCUCCACGCUGCCGCACCUCCUCCGACUGUCAUACCAUCAUAUGCCGUGCCACCAGCUGCUCCCAGUGCCGAUCCCCAGGCUACACUUCUUGCCCUGCUCACACAGGCUGCGGCCAAUAACGCUGCUGCCCAAGCACCUCCGAUUCCGAUUCCUCCUCUACAGCCCAACUAUCAACAGGCUGCUUUGCUGCAGCAGCUUUCUCUCGUUGCCAGUCUUGGAAAUGUCUCUCAGCCUCCUGUUCCUGCAGCGAUUCCUGCCUAUCCUUCUGUAUCACCACCGCCAUAUGCGCCCAAUGGGGGAGACCGAAGGGACCCGAGAGUCGAUGGCAACGACUAUCGAAGAAACGACGAACGAGCCAGCUUCCGUCGUGGCCCUCCUGGCCGCUACGAUAGCCGUGACCGCGACCGUGACUCUCGCGAUUACGGGCACAAAGACGACAGAAGAGGUGGCCGACGCGAUAGCAGAUCUCGCAGUCCGCCAAGCCGAUUUCCUGGGCGGCGCGAGGUCCGCCCCUACAGUCCGCCUCGUCGACCUUCUCUGCCCGAACCAGCACCGCCACAGCCCGUCGGACGAGCCCCCGCCAGGACCGCACCGGGGAAGGAUGAAUUCGGGAGAGAUAUCCGGCCCGCAUCGCCUUCCCCGGAACCACCUGACGAUCUUGUCGCACCACCACCGAAAUCUCCGCCCGCGCCCGUAGUCUCUCCGCGUGUAGAACGCGAGCCCGCUGAUGCGCCUGCUGCGAGUAAUCACGAUCAUCAGAUGUCAUUACCAUCCUCGGUAGAUGCUACAAGCCUUGUCUCGAAUAAAAUUCCGUCCAAGCAGGGCCUCGAGAGUUUUAAUCUGGCGACGUUUGAUUUCACUGCCGCAACUUCGUGGGAGACGCUUGGGAAUUUGUGGCAGGUCACACACGGUUACCCGCCGUCGACCGAGGAGCUCAUGGCUUUUGUCAUGUCCGGAGGCCAGAUGCAACCGUCCCAGCAGUUGUCCCACCAAAAGCAGCAGCAGCAGCAGGUGUCACAGCAGCAACAAUGGGGCCGUCAAGGCCAGCCAAGUAGUCGCGGUGGAUUUCGGGGCAGGGGCGGCAACUUCAGAGGAUCGGGCAGAGGGAACCACGGUGGCGGGAACCACUACGGCGGUGGCUAUCGGGAGGACGGUGGUAGUCAGUGGCAGAGCAGUGGGUCCGGAGACACAGACGCGGUCGUACUUGGAGGCGGCCAGGAUAUCUCUUCGAUUCCCGACGCAGGCGCCUCUGGAGGACGGAUGCAGAAAGUGGGAGAGAAAUGGCUUUUUGUACGGGAAGAAUAAGUAUCUUUCGUUUAUCAUUAUUGUUUGGCCGCUAGUACGAUAUCCAAAUGCACGCAUAUCAGUAAAUGUUCAAAG